CACUGAAUAAUGCAGUGAUCAGUUCGGUCUCAGCCCAAAUCUGUACUCUGAUGAUUGACCUAGGCCCACGCGGUUGCGGCCAGCGCACGGGGAGAUUUGUCCUGCCUCCGGGCGAUCCUUGCACCUGUACAGGGGUCAGACUGGGCGGUCAUUACCACCGCUACGCGCCUGAGAUUCAGGGUGAGGAUCCACCGUUGUAUAUGGACAUGCUGCCGGAGGUGACUGCUGAGGUCAUCGGCCAUUGGUUCAACUGCACUGAGAGCAAACUGGAGGAGUCGACGUUUGGAGUAACCGAAACUGCCACAGAGGCGACUCCUAAAGUUUUCCCCUGGUCGACACCUGUCGCAUCCAAUCCUACCAAUAUGACAGCUGCAGCUGUCAGCACCAUCCCUGAGCCGUCGCUGCCGCCUGCAGAUUGUCAAGACAUUUUGGAUGCUGGUCAGAAUUCUAGCGGCGUGUAUACCAUCCGGCACAAACGCCAGAAUAUGCAGGUCUACUGUCGCAUGGAGCCUGAGUCGGGGAAAGGAUACAUAGUGUUUCAGAGACGCCUAGACGGAUCGGUGAGCUUCAACCGAACCUGGCAGGAGUACGCAGAGGGAUUCGGAAAUCUGACCGGAGAGUUCUGGCUGGGUAACCAGAAGCUGCACAGUCUGACUCGUAACUGGGGGCGGGAGUUGGUCAUCACUCUGAACGCGUUUGAUGGCGACGAGGCCCGUAUUCGGUAUAAGUACUUGAACGUAGACUCAUCUGAAAACAAAUACGAGCUGUUUGUCGACGGCUUUAGUGCGGAGAGUGGAGAUUCAGGUGAUUCACUCUGGCGUCAUAGUCAUUAUACUGACUUCUCAACUCCAGAUAAGGACCAUGACUCCGACGGGGAAAACUGCGCUGAGAAAUUCCACGGAGGCUGGUGGUACGAGUACUGCGGUAGUGACAUCUUCAGUUGGUUCAGUAGCAACCUGAACGGCUUGUACCACAACAAUGCAACGGUCGAUGAUUACAUGGGGAUACAGUGGGUCAGCUGGAAGGGUAAACAUGUCUCUCUUAAAGGGUGCGAAAUGAUGACGCGACCCAAAUGCAAUCGGUCCAUAUUGGAGCUGCCUGCAGAUUGUCAAGAGAUCUUGGAUGCUGGUCAGACAUCAAGUGGUGUGUAUACCAUCGAACACGCAUGCCAGAAUAUGCAGGUCUACUGCCGCAUGGAGCCGGAGUCGGGGAAAGGAUACAUAGUAUUUCAGAAACGCCUGGACGGCUCGGUGAGCUUCAACCGAACCUGGCAGGAGUACGCCGAGGGAUUCGGGAAUCUGACCGGAGAGUUCUGGCUGGGCAACCAGAAGCUGCGUGGUCUGACUGGUAACGGGGAGUGGGAGCUGGUCAUCACUCUGAAGGCGUUUGAUGGGGACGAAGCACGUGUUCGUUAUGAGAAAUUCUCCACGGAAUCAUCUGAUGACAAUUACGGGCUUUUUGUCGAAUACUUCAAUGAGGAGAGCGGACAUGCAGGUGAUUCACUCAGGAGUCACACUUCGCACUUCUCAACUCCAGACAAAGACCAUGACUCCGACGGGGAAAACUGCGCUCAGAAAUUCCACGGAGGCUGGUGGUAUCACCGCUGCGGUAGCGACAUCAGCGACCACUUCAAGAGCAACCUGAACGGCUUGUACUACAACAACACAGCAGUCGAUGAUUACAUGGGGAUACAGUGGGUCACCUGGAAGGGUAAACAGGUCUCUCUUAAAGGGUGUGAAAUGAUGACACGACGUGCACCGUAUAACCUGUGAUCGAAAGUAUCCAUAUUAAAAUACAACAAUGAAACUCGGGGGAUAGAGGGGACACCAAGCCCCAGUACAAAAAAUGCACCUUUAAAGGUAAUUUGCAGCAUCUGCUGUUGCUGUAAUUUUCAGACAACAAUGGAUUAGGGGGUUAAUAUUAUAAGGCAAAUAUUGUUUCAUAGACUUGUUUUGAGUUCAAAG